AAAGUUGAAUUGUUUUUGCUUCCGUUGUAAUAAUAAAACUUACAAGGUCCUAAAGGACAAUUAUGAUAAAAUUAACUUGGAACUAGAUCCAGGGAUUUGUGGACUCUUCUCUUUCAAAAUCCAGGGAUUUGUCAAUCUGAAGAGAUCUGUGAAUCUCCACUUCCAAUGAAUCAAAAGCCUCCGCCGUACGGUUAUGGCACCGGUGGUGGAGUAACUUCCUCCUCUUCAAACUCAAUCAUCGGAUCGUUGAGUGCACGCGCCAAGCAGACGACGCAAUCGAUGAUCACGACGCUCCGUCCAUGGCGAGAGCUUCUCGAUCUGUCCGCACUCUCUCUCCCUCACAGAUACGACGAGGCCAUGGCGCACCUUAGGCACAACCUCUCUUACUUCCGCGCAAACUACGCCCUCGCCGUCCUCGCCAUCGUUUUCCUCGGCCUGGUUUACCACCCGAUCUCUAUGGUCGCGUUUAUCGUCGUCUUCAUCGGGUGGAUUCUCCUCUACUUCUCGCGAGACGCCAACGAUCCGAUUGUGAUAUCGGGGAGAGAAGUGGAUGACCGGAUUGUUCUGGGAUUACUCAGCUUGGUAACGAUAUUGGCGUUGGUGUAUACAGAUGUGGGGGAAAACGUUCUGGCUUCGCUCAUCAUCGGACUGCUCAUCGUCGGAGCUCACGGCGCUUUCCGAAGUACCGAUGAUUUGUUUAUUGAUGAAGAAACUGCUCGUCAGGGUGGGCUCGUAUCCUCCUCCGCUGGAGUAAACCGGCCACCGUCAAGUUAUACCCCAAUUUGAGUUUACCGGUUUAUCACAUUUAUUGGGUUUUGCUUAAAGCUGAGAAAACAAUUUGGUGAUGUAAAUCAAAUUAGGGUUGUUUUUGAAAAUUACCAAGACCCUUGUAUGUAUCGUAUUUGUGUGUGUGUGUGUUUUUUUUUUAUUUGUUUGACUCGUGUACGAAUUAAAAUUCCGGGAAGUUUUGGUGUUAAACGAAUAGGAAUAUAUUUUCUCUC